GCAUAGUCUGGUUGCGUAAACGGACAUUAACUUCCGCGUUGAAGAAGCAUGAUGUUAUCUGUGAGGGCUAUAACAGGGUUAACAGCGGCGUUAAGUGUACAGGAUUUGAGAUGUCAGAUGUUUAGAUCAGUGCGUGUCAGUAAAUGUUAUAAUGCACAAAGUCUCGCCUGCUUCACAAGUUCAGCGCACACAUGUGCAGUGCUGUCACAUAGAGGGACCAACACACUGUUUAGGACGUGCAGGACGGCACCAUGUGUGUCCCCUGUGAACAUACGGACACUGUCCACUCUACCUCCACCACCCUCAUCUGGCCGGGACAAAUCUAAAAACAAGAAGACUGGUCCAGUUACAUGGAAAUCCCUUGCCAUUACAUGUGCGUUGGGAGGAGGUGUUCUUCUCGGCAUGAAAUACUUCAAGAGAGAAAAAGAGGAAAUGAUUGAAAGAGAAAGAACCAAGUCGAUAGGAAAACCAGCACUUGGAGGUCCAUUCUCACUUGUGGACCACAACAAUAAACCCACGAAGAGUGAAGAUUUCCUCGGCCAGUGGGUGCUGAUCUAUUUUGGGUUCACACACUGUCCAGACAUAUGUCCUGAUGAACUGGAGAAAAUGAUUGAGGUCGUAGAUGAGAUUGAUAGAAUUAAAACACUCCCAAAUUUAACACCAAUUCUCAUCACAAUUGAUCCUGAUAGAGACACACCAGAGGCCAUGUCAGCAUAUGUCAAAGAGUUUUCCCCCAAGCUGAUCGGCUUUACAGGAACAGUUGCCCAAAUUGAACAAGUGUCCAGAGCUUACAGAGUGUACUACAGCCAGGGCCCAAAGGAUGAAGACAACGACUACAUAGUUGAUCACACCAUCAUAAUGUACCUGGUGGGGCCUGAUGGGCAAUUUCUGGAGUAUUUUGGACAGAAUAAGAAAUCUUCUGAGAUCUCGGCAUCUAUUGCAUCCCACAUGAGGAUGUACAAACAUGGAAAAUAAACUGCUGUGGCACUGACUCUCUCAUUGAAGAUGUUGAGUGGUCAAAGGGAACAGCACACACUUAUUCCUUAUUUCUGACAUUUCUCUACAGAAUCUCUCAGACAGAGGGAAACGCUUUAAUUUAACUGAGAAAUAGUUUAUAUUUAUUUAAAAUGCAACUAUGACUUAAGAAAUCAGAGCAUUUGUGUAUCAUUUUCCAUGACUUGUGCAUCAUUCUCCAUUUCACGGCAGUACUUUUAAAUCUCAGUACUUUACAAUCAUUUGUUUUUUAAUUUCUGUCAACAGUAAUGACAUUUAAAGGCUCCAGCUUCAAUAAAUUACAAUGUUGUGUUUUUCAUCUUUUUAAUACAGUGUUGAUGCAUGGUGUGGCAUUAUUUUAUGUAAAAAUCACAAAUUAUUCUGAGGGAAAUGUUACGCAAUUGCAUAAGGAGUGUUCUGUUUCAUUCCUCCUGACCACCAGAGGCAGUGUAAGCACUAGUGGAUUAUCACUGCCCUAUACAGAUGUAUGGUAGUGAGAAUAUACCAAUAAAAUCAGGUCUUUAUGUUGGCUGAGCUAUGAAGGUAUCAACCUUAUUUUUCAUUGUGGUAUUAGGGAAGUGGUAUUAGGGAGGCCAGCAGGGGGUGCUCACCCUACAGUCUGUGUGGGUCCUAAUGCCCCAGUAUAGUGACGGGGACACUAUACUGUAAAAAAGUCACCAUCCUUCGGAUGAAAUGUUAAACCGAGGUCCUGACUCUCUGUGGUCAUUAAAAAUCCCAGGACACUUCUCGUAAAGAGUAGGGGUGUAACCCCGGUGUCCUGGCCAAAUUCCCCCCAUUGGCCCCUAUCUAUCAUGGCAUCGUAUUAAUCUCCAUCCCUGAAUUGGCUACAUAACUCUACUCUCUCCUCUCCACCAAUAGCUGGUGUGUGGUGGGCGUUCUGGCGCACUAUGGCUGCCGUCGCAUAAUCCAGGUGGAUGCUGCACACUGGUGGUGGUUGAGGAGAUUCCCCCUAUACUAUGUAAAGCGCUUUGAGUGCCUAGAAAAGUGCUAUAUAAAUGCAAGAAAUUAUUAUUAUUAUUAUUAUUAUUGUAACUAGAGUACCACCAGUAUCCAACUUGAAUGUGGACCUUUUCCGCUAUAAGCCAAUUCUAGCUAUUUUAGCGAUACAAAAAUACUACAUUAUGCUGCUUUAUAACGCAGGCUGGCAAUAUACACUUACUGUCCACUUUACACCUGUGUACCUACUUAUUCAUACAAUUAUCUAAUCAGCCAAUCGUGUGGUCUCAGUGAUUGAGCAUGGCAUGAUUGUUGGUACCAGAUGGGCUAGUUUGAGUAUUUCAGUAACUGCUGAUCUACUGAUUUUCAUGCACAACAGCCUCUUGAAUUUACUCAGAAUGGUGCCAAAAACAUCCAGUGAGCAGCAGUUCUGUGGACGGAAACACCUUGUUGAUGAGAGAGAUCAAUAGAGAAUUGCCAGACUGGUUAGCACUGACAGAAUAGCAUCUCAGAAUGCACAACUCACAUUGAGGGCGUUACAACAACAGAAGACCACGUCAGGCACUUUAUUAGGACCGAAGUCUUUUUGUAAAUUUUGAGGUUUUCUUUGAUCCUGAAUUUUUUAAUUAGAUUUUCACAUAUGAGAAUGAAUAGCAGAUUCUUGUAUAUAAAAUGACAUUAAUAAGAGUGAGGAGAACAUUUCUUUUCACAGAGAGAACAAAAUAAAAUAAUGCAUAGUCAAACUCAUAGGAAAUAGUAUAAAUAGCAUAGAAAAGUUAAGUUAGUUCUGAAAUGUCUAGAAAACGUCCCAAAUAAUUUCUUUACUUGGUUUGACAUUUUGUAUCUAUUGCAGUGACAUUGAUAAAGUUUUAAGUGUGACUUACUAGUGUGUCUAAAUACUUUUUGGCUCACCUGUAUAUGUAUAGAGGAAAAAGAAGCCACAAUUGAGCUCAGUAUGAAUUAUUGACCAUUUCAGCUGAAAUAGUGAAAUUAUUACUUGCUCAAAUGAUGCUUUUAUUGCUGUUAAUAUUCAUUAACAAUAGUAAUAUC